UUCUACUAAGUACCAGCACAGCUUUGCUUAACAAGAGAAUACUCUGACUUUUGAGCAUUUGUGUGGUAGUAUAACUGCUGUUGUUGUGGAUACUGGACCUAGCAUUCCCCAGGAAAAAACAGCACCAUCUCCAGUAGCAUCUCUGCAAAGCAACAAUAAGAUAUGUGUCAUUCACUACUGACAGAAGCUGGUCACCCCUGUUCUUGUUCAAUAGUUCUUCCCCUGGAUCAUUGGAGGAGCUGACAACUGACAGUACUAAGCCAACUAACUUCUAGCUGGCUUCACACUUUUCUAAAACUCAAUAAAGAAAUCAACCAUGACAGUGGAAACCAAACCCAGCAAUGACGAUGACUCAAAUCAAGAAGCAGAACCUUCCCAGUUUUUGGACGAUGAAGCAAAAAAAAAUCUACCAGUCAAAAAGAAGACUUCCUGUUGUACUGGCUUGAAGGCAUUUCUUGCUGCUUUAUCGUUCAGCUACUUCAGUAAAGCAUUGUCUGGUACAAUUAUGAAAAGUUCCAUCACCCAGAUUGAACGAAGGUUUGACCUGACAUCAUCUACUGUUGGUUUCAUUGAUGGAAGCUUUGAGAUGGGUAACUUGCUGGUAAUUGCAUUUGUAAGCUACUUUGGAGCUAAACUUCAUAGGCCCAAAGUAAUAGCUGUUGGAUGCUUUACCAUGGCUUUGGGAAGUCUUUUAACAGCAAUGCCUCAUUUCUUCAUGGGAUAUUAUAAGUAUGAGACAGCACCACAUACAGCUUCUUCAGCCAACUUAACUUCAAGCAUAAAUCCUUGUUCCCUACAUCAAGAUGUGAACAAAACGAAGAUGUUGGAAAUCUCCCAAUCAGGCUGUGAGAAGGAACCAUCGUCAUAUAUGUGGGUAUAUAUCUUACUGGGAAACAUGUUACGUGGAAUUGGUGAGACACCAAUAACGCCACUGGGCAUCUCUUACCUUGAUGAUUUUGCUAAAGAAGAGAAUGUUCCUGUAUAUGUAGGAUGUUUGCACACAAUAGCCAUGUUGGGCCCAAUGUUCGGUUUCCUGUUGGGAUCUUUAUGUGCAAAACUGUAUGUGGAUAUUGGAUUUGUGGAUUUAGGAAGCAUCACUAUCACCCCACAAGAUUCCCGCUGGGUGGGUGCAUGGUGGCUUGGAUUUUUAAUAGGUGGAGUAGCCAGUUUUAUAGCUGCUAUUCCAUUUUGCUUCCUGCCAAAGAGUCUGAAAAAGCCAGAGGAAGCCAAUAAUGACAGAACUUUGUACAGUCUUUUGGGAAACAUGGGCAGCACAAGGAAUAAACUUGCUCCUGCAAAACCUAAGCCAAAGAAGUGGUCAGUAAUACUGAAAGAUUUCUGCACAUCCCUGAAAAAAGUAUUGAGUAAUCGAAUGUACUUUACAUUUUUGUGUUGCUCAGUGUUACAGUUCAGUAGCUUUAUUGGUUUCUUGACUUACAAACCAAAGUACAUGGAACAGCAGUACGGACAAUCUACAUCUAAAUCUAACUUUCUAAUAGGAUUGACAUCCUUACCUCCUGUAGGUAUUGGAAUUUUCCUAGGAGGACUCAUAAUGAAAAAGUACAAAAUGAGCAUCAUUGGAGCAACAAAGUUUGCAUUUACCAUGUCAUUUUUGGCCUAUGUUACCAGUCUCUUGCACUUUUUUGUUGGCUGUGAGAACCAUGUGGUAGCGGGAAUGACAGUGUCCUAUGAAGGCAAACCCAUUCCAUACAAUGAAAAUGCCAUAUUUUCUGAGUGCAACUCUGACUGCAAAUGUGCCUCCAAAGCAUGGGAUCCUGUGUGUGGAGACAAUGGACUCACAUACGUUUCGGCCUGUCUAGCUGGGUGCACGACUUCGGUGGGACAUGGAAAGAACACAGUCUUCCAUAACUGCAGCUGUCUUGAAGCCAGCAGUUCAUGGACAGGAAAUAACUCUGCCACCUUGGGGCAAUGUCCGAAAAGUAAAGAUUGUUCAAUGAAGUUCAUUUAUUAUACAGUAAUACAAGUUAUAAGUGGCUUUUGUUAUGCAUUGGGAGGCACCCCAGCAUACAUGAUUAUGUUUAGAUGUGUUCAGCCAGAGUUGAAAUCUCUUGCAGUUGGUCUAUACACACUCAUUAUGAGAAUUCUAGGUGGGAUUCCAGCGCCAGUUUAUUUUGGUGCACUGAUUGAUAAGACAUGUUUGAAAUGGGGAAGCACAAGCUGUGGGCAGCGAGGGGCCUGCAGGCUGUACGACUCCAAUGCAUACAGGUAUGUCUACCUUGGUUUAUCAGCAGUGUUAAGAGGUCCUUCUUACUUGAUUGCAAUCAUUUUUUUUAUAUUGAUAAAGAAACACUUUCAACAUAAGAACUCCACGCCUAUAGAGAAUGGAGGAAGAGAAGAAUGUCUUAUGAAUAAAGAAGAUUAUUGCAAGGUCAAAGCCCAUUUGCCAGGUUCUUCUGAUGCAGAGAAUGAAUCGUGUAUUUAGAAAGUCAUUUAGACCAGUGGCACAUGAAUCAGGAGAGCUUCUGUUAGAAACAACUUUCACAAUGUUAUGAAUAACUACGUAAUAAAUAGUAACAACCUUCAGAAAGUAAAACUGCAAAUAGCAGGAUAGCAAACCUACAAUCAACAACAAUAAAAACUAACAUACAAGUGUGAAAGUGCCUUACAUGUACCUGGUUACCAAUAACAGACAGGAGAAGUGACAUGAACCAAACCAAAUUUUCCACAGAUAAAGAAAAGCCUUCCUUGGCAUUUCUGACAGAGCCAGACUACAUUUUUUAGUGGGGUCAAAGACGACCACUGGGAGAACAGCCCCAUGCCAAAGGCCCACAGAAUGUGAUACUGAUCCUGUGUAUGCAGAUCUAUGCGGUAGGCUGCCAUGGGAAUGACAAGCUCAAGGCUAACAGCAGCUUUUUGAUUUCAUCAGAUUCAUAAACCCAAAGCCUUUAAGAAAAACAUUUCCACCUUAUCUAAAUGAAUCAUUGCAACAAUUUCCCAUCACAAAAUUGACAAAAGCAGUAUUUUUCCAAAAUGCAUAUUAUCUUAGCUCAGCUAAAAAUGUUAUGCCUACUUAAAGCUACAAAUAGGUUGCAAUAAAGGAAAUAGUUGUUCUUAAAAAUCUGUUGUAGCAUUUUUUUUAAAACUGAUUUUUUUAGUUAAUUGAUUAUGAAACAUAAGAAAAAAAUCUGAAUUUUAUAGUGAUGUUUUCUAAGCAAAAUCUAUCCAACAUAUUCUCGUGGCUUUAUUGCUAUGUCAUGUACUAUCCAGCAGAGGACACUCAACAAUAACAUUAUCCCUAUGACCUCUGCAAAUACUCUGUACACUUAUCUUUAUAUUGUUCUGGGAAAAGUUCAAUCAUCAGGCAGUCAAAGCACUCAUCUGUGUUUUCAUGCACCUGAAAACUUUCUCAGCCGAGCCUCUAGCUCAUAGGUUCAAAGUUGGGUUUGUGUAUUUGUUGGUUUGUGUUCAUCAUAUUCGCGACACUUGGAGCUGGACAACUGUUACUACUUUAAAUAAAAAGAUGUCUACUUGCAGACCA